GAAGUCUGACUGAGAGCAAGAUUCAGAAGCUGUACUUGUAAACCAGACGACGACAAUGGAGAAGAGUGCAAGGUGGCGAUUGGAUUGUAUUUCUCGUCACCUUGUAUUACCACCUCAAGCUAAUCACGGUCUGCAGCAGGUGCUGUUAUUAAGUAAUGGGCAAGUGAAGAGUGAGGAGGCAGAGCCUGUGGUAAUAGGAGGAAUGGUGUUGGACAUUCAUGCCACACCUUCUAUCCCUGCAAAUCCCAGAACCACUACUCCAGGUAAGGUCAGCUAUGUACUAGGAGGGGUAGCAAGGAAUGUUGCUGAAUGCAUAUCAAAGCUAGGAGCAAAGCCAUUCAUGAUUAGUGCCUUGGGGCUUGACAUGCCAGGAAACUUAUUGUUGGAGCACUGGAAGUCUUCUGGGCUAUCUACUGAAGGGAUUUGGAAGCACCAAAACAUUGAGACUCCUGUUGUGUGCAAUGUACUUGAUGUUAGUGGGGAGUUGGCUGCUGCUGUUGCAAGUGUAGAAGCUAUCGAAAAUUUUCUAACACCUGAGUGGAUCCAGCAGUUCAAAUAUAAUAUACGCUCUGCUCCAGUGUUGAUGAUUGAUGCAAACCUGAAUCUUUCUGCGCUAAAAGCUUCUUGCCAGUUGGCUGCAGAAUGCGAAAUUCCGGUGUGGUUUGAACCUGUAUCAGUAGCAAAAUCUAGAAGAAUCAGUUCAGUUGUCAAGUAUGUAACUUUUGCUUCACCCAAUGAAGAUGAACUUGUUGCCAUGGCAAAUAAUUUGUCUGGUGGAAAUGUGUAUCGUCCAAUUGAAAGGAACAAUAGCAGAAAGAAAUGUUCAACAGAAACCUUGUUCCAUAUGCUAAAAUCUGCAGUCUGGGUUUUACUAGAGAAGGGUAUUAAAAUAGUUGUUGUGACAGUUGGUUCAGAUGGUGUGUUCUUAUGCUCUAGAGGAGGGCCAAGCUUCAUGAGGAUUGGUUGUGAGGGAAUCAAACAAUAUGCUUCCAAUGGAGAAUUAUUUAAUACCAUGACUGCAAGUUGUCCUUCAAAUCUGUUCUCGAGUCCUCCGGAUUCUGAGAGAAGCUCUUUUCUCUUUGCUGUGCAUUUUCCUGCACUUCCUGCAUCAGUGGUGAGGCUUACAGGGGCUGGUGAUUGCUUGGUUGGGGGAACUAUUGCUUCUAUUUGUGCAGGUUUAGAUGUCGUGCAAAGUCUGGCAGUUGGUAUUGCAGCUUCCAAAGCUGCAGUUGAGGCAGAGACCAACGUGCCUUCUGUAUUUAAUUUGGCUGCAAUUGCAGAUGACGCAAGAUCGGUAUACUUGGCUGCCAAAGUUGUGUUCCAUCAAUCAAUGCCGUAAAACCAUGGAACUGCAAAUCAAGCUGAAUGGUUAGAUUGUUGUAGCUGAAUCAGUUAGAUUGUUGUAAAUCAGAGGGAAACAUUCACUUGAGGAACCAUGCCAAUAUUUGUUUUCUGCUAAUGUUCUUCAUCCAUUAAUGUUGUCAAGGAGACAUCAUUUCAUUAUCUGAUCUUAUUCAACAUAUUGUGAAGUUGUUGACUAUUGUCAGAGUUGGAUGAAGGAGUAAGGCUUAUGCUUGUCUGAGUAAUUGGAAAUUUCAAUGAACUGUACAUGAAAUUUCACUGCACAACAAGAAUAUACUUACCAUUUUAA